AUGGCUGACAACAUGAGUUUCUUGACGCACAGAAGAAAGAGAACCAACUUUACGCAGCAGCAACUAGAAGUUUUGGAAAAAGUGUUUAAAUCUACCAUGUACCCCGAUAUAUAUUUGAGGGAGAGGCUAGAAGAACUCACCGGUCUCCCUGAAUCCAGAAUUCAAGUUUGGUUCCAGAAUAGACGUGCAAAAUCUCGCCGGCAGACAACAGUGUCCUUUUCUGAAAGUGCACAGUCCCUCCCUAACCACAGUGGCAACCCUGCUAUCCCAUUCCCUCAGCUCCAGAACAACCAUUCUGAGGAUUUUUACAGUAACUCCAAUUUAACUACUGGAAAUGGUUUUGGAUCUCUGUCAAAUGUCACUGACGAGAACAUUCAGCCAGAGCAACUCAUCACCAGAAACCAUCAUAAUGCAGCACACUCCCUUCCCUGCGUUUACAACAAAGUCUCAGCCACAGAAGAGGAGAAACCCCAUUAUAAGAUUACAGCUAUCGCAGGAACGAGCAAUGGGCUCCAAAGCAAUAUUCUUCAUUACAAGGCUGUUGCUCAAAUUCUUAAUUUUAAGAGUGCACCAAAAGCCUUGGAUCUUGCAUGGAAGAAUGCCAACAAAGUCCAGCCUAAUUCCAUGGUGGAAUAUGACAACUACCCCCCCAACAAAACCAUAGGCCCUGAAAUGAAAGUCAUUAUUCCCCCAAUUCCCACUCCUACCAGCGCAAGGUCUUCACCUAAAAGGAGUGUCUGCCCAGUGCAACUCAGCAUGCAUCUGGAAUCCAUCAGACCAGGUAGCUUUGGACAUUUCUCUCCCAUUCCCAACAAUGGAGAUUCGAAGGAUAGGUUUUCGGAUUCAGAUUCUGAUUGGGAAAGUGGUACCAUUUCUGGUUUUGUCAAUUUGAUGUAA